UUAUUUCCUUUUUCUCUCUCUAUUUUUUCACCAUCUUCCUAUACACGAUUCGAAUAUCUCAUCCAUGGCAGUUCCCAGCAGUACUAGCAUAAAACCCAGAUCAUAUUUAACAAAACAACAACGUUAUUUUCUCAUAAUAAUUUGCUCCCUUCUACCCUCUUCUUCUUCUUCAUCUUCAUCAUCAUCUUCUUCUUCGAUCCACGAUCUUCUUGUCUCGAGAGGCUUACCAGCAGGUCUGCUUCCAAAAGAAGUGAAAUCUUACACACUUUCGGAAAAUGGAACACUGGAAGUGUUCUUGGGCGAACCGUGCUUGACAAAGUACGAGAACAGGGUGAUCUUCGACAGUGUUGUGAGGGCUAAACUCAGCUAUGGAAGCUUGAGUGGCGUUGAAGGGUUGAGCCAGGAAGAACUUUUUCUGUGGUUGCCUGUUAAAGGCAUCAUCGUUUAUGAUCCGAAAUCUGGUCUCAUCUUGUUCGACAUUGGUGUUGCUCAUAAACAGCUCUCUUUGUCUCUCUUUGAAGAUCCUCCUCUCUGUAAACCGCAAGGAAUAUUGAAGAAUAAUGUGAGGAAGGAUAAAAGGUUCGAGGCAUUGAGAUAGUAUACAAGAUUCCAAUAGAGGUGUCCACUUUGUGUUUUUGUUUUAAAUAUAUGUAUUAAUUAACCAGUUUUCUUCUUCUUCUAAUUAUAUACUAAAAUAUAAUUA